CUUGAAAAACUCAACCAAUUUUCGUUUUCUCUUUUUGGGUUUCUUUUGUUUUGAAUAGCAAAACAAGAUCAUCAAAGGGAUUCUGGAAGAAUUGUAAUGGAAAAGCUACAGAAAUUGCUUCAUGGGUAUCAUUCUUCUGUAGGAUUUAUGCUUCUUAUGGGAGUCAUCAUCGGAGUUGUUUACUUCUGCGGAGGUGGUAACAAUCUACGAUUCGAAGUCAUCGGAGAAGCAGAAAUGGCGGAGGAUUAUUCGUUUGAAGGUUGUGAUUUUUUCAAUGGGAGUUGGGUUUAUGAUAACAAAUCGAGACCUUUGUAUAAAGAGAAACAGUGUUCUUUCAUGGCGGAUGAUUAUUCUUGUGAGAAAUUUGGAAGAAAAGAUUUCGAGUAUCAGUUCUGGAGAUGGCAGCCUCAUGCCUGUGACCUCCCCAGGUUCAAUGGAACAGCACUGUUGGAGAAGCUAAGGAACAAGAGGGUUGUGUUUGUGGGAGACUCAUUAGGCAAGAACCAUUGGGUUUCGCUCCUUUGUCUUAUUGACUCAUGGAUCACUGAACCAUCUCAUAAGGUGGCAGAAUGGCAUGGCUCAUUGAUCACUUUCAGGGCAUCUGAAUACAAUGCUUCUAUUGAUUUCUAUUGGGAACCGUUGUUGGUGGAAUCGAAUUGUGACGAUCCAGUCAAACACCGUGUACAUGAUCGGAUCAUGAAGAUCGAGAGCAUCGAGAAGCAUGCCAAAAAUUGGGUUGAUGCGGAUAUUUUAGUUUUUGACUCGUAUACAUGGUGGCUAGAGCCUAAUAUGACACUAUUGUGGGGGUCGUUUGAAAAUCCCAAUAGAACUUCCAUCGAAUCGGGAAGGGUAAGGCGCUACGAGAUGGCUCUGAAAACGUGGUCGAAUUGGUUGGAUGCGCACCUUAAUCGUUCCAAGACUAGAAUUUUCUUCAUAAGCCUCUCGCCGGAUCACAAAGAAGGUGGAGAUUGGGGAAAAGCAAUGGGCGAAAACUGCUUCAAUGAAACUGAGCCGAUCAUGGAACAAGGGUAUUGGGGAAAGGGAUCUGAUACUGAUCUAAUGAGAACGGCUCAAUCAGUAGUACAAGAUCUCGAAAAGAAAGGCUUCAACAUCCAACUUCUAAACAUAACGCAACUUGCACAAUAUCGUAAAGACGCACACCCUUCUCUUUACAAACGACAUUGGGUCCCUCCGACAGAGCAAGAACUAGCACACCCCCUUUGGUAUGCCGAUUGUGUACAUUGGUGUCUUCCGGGAGUCCCUGAUGUUUGGAACGAGAUCCUGUAUUCAUACAUACGCUAUAAAAUUUGAAAAAAUGGAU